GCAGAAUCUGUCGUAUUCGAUCAACGUACUCAAGAUGGUGGUGAACUUUAAGGUGUUCAAGAAAUGUUCACCAAACGGGAAGAUCGGGCUGUAUCUGGGCAAGAGGGACUACAUCGACUAUCUGUCUGGAAUCGAGCCAGUGGACGGUGUAAUCUUGCUGGACCAGGACUACGUGGACACAGGUAGAAAGGUCUGGGGACAGCUGAUCUGCAGUUUUCGAUACGGUAGAGAAGAGGACGAGGUGAUGGGCCUGAACUUUCAAAAGGACCUUUACCUGAUCUCCGAGCAACUGUUCCCACCGACCAAGAAGAUGGAGGAAAAUUUAACGAAACUGCAAGACAGACUACUGAAGAAACUGGGACCGAACGCUAUACCGUUCACCUUCAAGUUUCCUGCGAGUGCACCAUCCAGCGUAACCUUGCAACCAGGCGAAGUGGAGACAGGCGAACCUUGCGGAGUCAGCUACUACGUAAAAAUCUAUUCGGGUGAGAUGGAGACCGAUAUUACUCAUAAGAGGAGUACGAUCACGAUGGGCAUCAGGAAGAUCCAAUACGCGCCUACGAAACAGGGUCGGCAGCCUUGUACCGUUGUACGCAAGGACUUCCUUUUGAGUCCAGGUGACCUGGAACUCGAGGUGACCCUGGACAAACAAUUGUACCAUCACGGCGAAAGAAUAGCGGUAAACGUUUGCGUACGAAACAACAGCAACAAGGUGGUGAAGAAGAUGAAGGCAUUGGUGCAGCAGGGUAUCGACGUGGUAAUAUUCCAAAACGGUCAGUUCAGGACGGUGAUCGACGCGGUGGAGACCCAAGACGGCUGUCCGAUUAAUCCAGGCUCGAACUUGACCAAGGUGCUAUAUUUGAAACCACAGCUGGAAAACAACAAGCAUCGCAGGGGAAUCGCUUUGGACGGUAGAUUGAAGAGGGACGAGAGCGAGCUGGCAUCUAGCACUUUGCUCACCUCUCCUGAUGUUCGCGACUCUUUCGGUAUCGUCGUCUCUUAUGCCGUCAAGGUGAAACUUUAUCUUGGAGCACUGGGCGGAGAAUUGUCAGCAGAGUUGCCGUUCAUUUUGAUGAGGCCGAAGCCUACGGAACGAAUCAAGGUGGUAAACGCGGACAACAUCGAGGUGGAGGACACUACGGAGGAAAAGAAGCCCAUCGUUUAAAUACCUCACCUCUUUCAAUCGGCCAAGUCGAUUAUGCUGAUUUUCUCAUUUUCACGCUAUUCGAUCGUCUUGAAACUUUAGUCAAUAAUUUCACAUUCGUAUGGAUCUAGAUGGUGUAUUUUAGAGAUCGAAAAGAGUAUUAAUCACGAUUGUUGCAGGCAAUAAACGACGCUCCCAUGUAUAGAAAAAAAAAGAAAGAAAAAGAAAAAGAAAAAGAAAAAGAAAAAGAAAAAAAAACGAAACUCAGUUUGUUUCUGCAAUAGUUGAGCUGAGCUGCAAUUAUAAUAUUCCCUAGAAUAAAAUAUCUAUGUUAUCCUA